UUUUUAUUUAUUAAAAGUCUAUCUCAGUGGUACAUGUGUCGAGCGAUUUAGGCGCAGGCAACGGUUUUUACGAUUUUAGCGAGUAUUGCCAAUGGGAUUCUGCAAUAGCUUCUUUGGUAAUGCUCGCCAUCCAGUAAAAGAGAUGUGUUUAAGAGCACGAGCUGUGCUCUUGAAUCUGUGAUCUAAUCGCAAGCGUCCAUGUUAUUAGACAAUAUAAGUCGUCAGCUGAACUCACAGCAUCGAGAUCAGCGACUGGGGGUAUGACCGUCUUGCGGGUGCGUCCGCCGACGUUCUGUAAAGUCACUGCGUGAGGUCAGAGGAUUGUUCCAACGGCCGGAACCGUGAGCUCAAUUAGCUCUACUAAAGACGCCGGGGCUGUUCUUAUCACUGUGUCAUAUACUGCCACUAAUAAUUAGGCCAUCCAAAAACGAUUUCUGACAUAUUCUGUUGUCUGCUAUGCUAUACCUCUGUAAUAUUCGACUCCAAAAUCUAUUUACAUUUUGAAUGUAAGCAGAUCGUAUAGUUGCAUUACAAUAUGCGAGACACUGUAGUGGCUAGUGUCUUUUCCGUUGUUAUUUAUCUGCUUGGGGGUGCUGUUGCCCUCUCCAGGUCAUCUGGUCAGCUGCUGUCACUUUCUGGUAAUUGUUGGAAGAUAGCUGGUUCCUCUGUCACUCGGCGGUCCGCUGACUGGGUCGUCUGUCUGUCCGUCAGUCCAUCCGUUUAUUUGGGGCCGAACUACGGAAAAUGUCAGCAAUCGCUAGCUAGCUAGCUAGCUAGCUAGCUAGCUGGCUGGCUGGCUGGCUGGCUGUCGGCAUUAUCGUCCGCGAGUGCGCAUGCAUGUUAUAUUGUCAUCCGGUCUGGCUGUAAUAGUAAUAGGUUGUACAGACUUCAAAGUCAAUCGUUCUCAGAAAUUUUCUCCCAUCCUCUUUUCCUUUGGUAGCCUUCGUUGCUAUCCUUUUCGGUGUUUCUCUCACUGCUGUAGCUGUCAGUUUUCUUGUUUGGCAAUGGGCUUUCGUUUGUCUUGAGUCAGGCGGUAGCAGGACAAGCCAGUUAGUCUACGAGUGUUUGGUAGUCAGUCGCCACAUGGCUCCCGGGCGGUUCAAACAAGCAACGGCUGCAGUGAGAUAGUCAACCGUCAUGCCCGUUCGGUCUGCCGUCGGCCUCUGUCUGCGCGGCACUCAUUGUGUUCCUAGCUGACUAGCCACUGUUCCUUCACCGUUCGCCCUUUUUCUUUUGGCCGCACCGAAUCUGUUGGCUGCCAGAGCCUAAGCAAUAUCGUCGUUCCGCACAGAUCUUGCGUGUUGCCCAGUCGGUCGGUCCCCCAGUCACCGUGUCUGAUCUAUCCGAUGGCGAAGCCAUAGGACUAGCAACAGUAAAAUCGCCAGCACCACUACCGUUCUUCGGACUUUUAACGUUCCUGAAUUUGCAGCUCGCGGGAAUCCCUUCGACGAUUUUGUAUUUUUGCUGUUGUGGUCACUGCUCUCUGACGCAUCUCAUGAUCCCGAUCGUUCUAACUGAUCGACGCGAUCUGCAAGCGCAUCCUUCCUUUCCGUCGCCAUUGUACCACCACAGUUACAAGCGUCGAUCCGCGAAGACCAUUUGACGUCGUUUAGGACUGCCGCUUCUACUGAUACUUGUGCUGCUUUUGUCGGUGAUGCGCGUCGCUUCUGUUCCAGCAGUCGCGACCGAUAUAAAAUAUUGCCUAUAUUUGAGGUGGUUGAUUCCGGCGUAGCCACUGAGUAAGAGUAGCGUAUUCUAAUCGUAUAACUGCCCCUGCAACAAGGCGAAGUUUUUUCCUUUGAGAUCGACAUUAGCCUUCAAUCUCAGCAACGUUCUGGCAGUAGUCACUGGUGCUUUAUUUGCAGCAGAAGCAGCAGAGACACAACAGCCCACAGAUUCACUCGCUUUUUUCAAAGCGGCGAUCUGUCUGCCAGUCUGGCGGCUUCGGUCUUCAACCGAUGAUCUGGGAGGGCCCAUCGACUUCGCCGUUGUCAUCCUUACCGCUGUUGUCGCCGCUGCCGUCAUCAUCACUGUCCGGGCCGAGGAGACUUAAGUCGCGAAAUCCCGGUGCAGUAGCCGCCGUUCUUCACUACAGGGCAACCUGUAAUCAGGUUCCGGGCCAAGAUUUCAUCUGCCGCGCUAGGGAACCAACGCUAUCUCUGGCUCCGGCGGAUCAGGAGACCAAACUUUUUUCGAGUCUUUUUCGAGAUAUCGUCGGAGACGGACGGUAUGCGACGACUGGCAACCAUCGUUGACUACCUGCCGACAGCACGCACGUGCCUGUGUGUUUGUUAGUGUAUUCGUUGUGGCUGGUGCGCGACAGCGCGGCGAAACCGGCGUCCCCCUCCGAUUUCUCCGGCCGUCCCUCUUUCUUUCAAUGCUAUCAGCGACGACGACGAUGACGACCACCGCUGCGCCACCGCCGUUGCUGGCCACGGAGCGUAUAGCAAUCAUGGUUUGGGCAGUGUCAGUCAGAGCUCUGUGCAGCAAGUGCUAAACUGUGCAGCUCAAACCGGUGUCAACAAAGCAGGACUCGUGGCCGCUCCCUACUAUCAGACACGGACACACAAGCAAAUAGUCAUCGGACAUAACAGAUACACAACUAAAGUAAAGAGCAUGCUUUCCGCUGUGCAGCAUUCUGCUGGCGUCUCGAGUGACGACUAGCUGGCCGAUUCGCCCAGUAGACGACGAGCCAGACCGAUCGGGGUCCGGAGGCCGAAAAUAGAACGAAAACCAAGAUCAGAAACGAAGCGAAUCUUCAAGUGAUAGCAGCCAGCCAACCUAAGCCUUUAAUCGACCAACGGAUCAAAUUGGUCUUGACGGAAGGAUUGUGCGCCGCGAGGUGUCCACUCAGCAGUCGGUAUAAUACAGUCUUAACAUUGGGGGCUGUUCCCGCAAUCGUGCCAAUCCGCGUAUCUACCAAAGCAUCAGCAACGACAUCAAUCAGUAGCAACCGUUCAACAUCCCCACAUGUAGCCAUGGUUAGAGAAAAUUACGAGGGUGUGAUUAAUCUAUAUUUUUUUGCCUUCCAUCACAGGUAGUUCAGUUUCAAGCUUCGAAUGAGCAAAGGCCACUCGAGCCUAAAUGCGCAUCAUAUGGAAACAACAGCUGUUUGCUAAUAGAGCCACCAACUGACGGCACAAGUUAUGCCCCGUAGGACCAUGCUUUUCCAUAUGAUGAUGAUGAUGAUGACGACCAUGAUAGUUAUCUAGCGGCUAAGCAUCGAAGGAAUAUCUUAUUCAGCUAAAAUACGGUUGCUUAUUUUAUUGACUAUAGAAAUUAGUUCGCUCAUAGUGACCGCUGUGCUGUGUGUAGCUAGUGUGAUCGCCGUCUAUACAACCGGCCGGCUGACAAAAUUCAGUUUGACACUGUAUAACCUCUAGAAUGUAGAUGUGCCGUGUUUGUGAAUCCUUUGGAUUAUCCUUUUCGACAGCCUGUGGAUACGGAAGGCAAGUGCAGAAUGACUGCGGGGGUAGCUCCUGACAGAAUGGACUGUGGAACUCCACAGCUACCGUCGCCUCAGUAUCCUGGGAACUUCUCGCCAGUUCAGCCAGGGGUAACCAAUGGCGUACGUCCUGCAGGUGCAUCGUCACCGACGAACGGAGGCGAUGCAGACUGCUGUAAUCUGCUGGAUGCGCAUUUACUUCGCAAGUUCUCCGCAAGACAACAUCACCUGGUUCAGUUACUCACUCCCCCGAACGUCACCGAUAGCGAACUUCAAGUGUUACUCGUGCAUGUUGCCGGCACUGGAGCUCAGAUGGCGGUACCCGUCCGUGUCGAACGACGCUCUCCAGGCACGUUCCAUAUACUCGUGCACGUAGAACAGGCGGGUAAUUACGCGCUAGAUAUUGUCGUUCGCGGUCGAAGGCUACCAGAAUGUCCUUUACCAUGCAGAGCCUUCGAUGCUUCGCGAAUACAACUCGCCCAGGUUCCGGAAGUCGUUGAAGUGGGAAAGCCAGCCCAAUUUCACGUGGAUGCGUCUAGGGCAGGCGAAGGCCAGUUGGAAAUCUCAGUGAAUCACGGCGAAGUUCCGAAUCAGGUGGAAGUGCUGUCAUCCGGGAAGUGCAUCAUCUCCUUUGUACCAGAAAAACCUACCAAUCACAUCGUUGAAAUCAGAUUCAACGGGGUUCUUGUUCCGUGCUGUCCGCUUGAAAUCCGCGCUCAGAUCGGGCGAAAUACGAAAACAACUUCAAAGAGCACGUCAGUUGAAAAAGCGAGCAAUUAUCGGGUAGAUCUCUCUCAGUUAGAACUGGUUCCCGCAGAUGAGCCGGUCUCUUUUGCUGUCCGAAUUCCUGGGGGUAAGCGGGAGUUAAUCCGAGUCAGUGUACUUUCGCCGUCACGAAACAGCGUACCGGUUUCCCUCAAGGCGGCCGGUUAUGAAGCAGACGUGGUCACUGUCGAGUUCACUCCUAAACAGGUGGGCGUUCAUGUCGUCAACGUCGAAUACAACGGGCAAAGUCUCGAUGGAACACCGGCCAAUGUGAGAUGUUUUGAUUCGCGACUUGUGCAGGUCAUGCGCGCUCCAAAUGGGGCUGUCGGGGAAACCGUCGAGUUUGUCGUUGAUGCAAGUUCGUCCGGAGAAGGGAACCUGGAAAUCACUGUCAAUGCUGGCGAAGUGAAUGUUCCGACGCAGGUCCGACCUCUUGGAGGAGCCAAAUUUGCUGUGUGCUUCGUCCCGCAAUUAAUAGUUCCACAUCAACUCUGUAUAAGUUUCAAUCAAAAAUCAGUUCCAGGAUCUCCAUUUAGCGUUAUUGUCUCUGAAAUCGGAGUUCCCGAUCAUCAUCCAAUUGUUAGCGUGAUGGAUGACGAUGGUCUCUGUUCGGCUGUUAACUGCCCAGCUAAGCUGCUUCUUCAAGGCUCUUACGUAUCACCCGCGCAACUGUUUGCCCGAGUCACGAAUCCCGAUGGGAGUGUAGUUCCCUUCUCGCUUCGUGAGUCACAGGCUCAUUAUAAUGCGGGAAAAAAUGGCGCCGAGCUUGUUGAUGAACAACUGGCAGUCGAAUUUACCCCGGCGAUGGCGGGAGAGUACCGAAUUGAAGUACGAUUCCGCGACCAGCCGCUGGCAGGCAGUCCGUUUAUAUGGAAAGUCUAUGACGUGUCCCGAAUUUGCGUUAGUCAAAUACCAGCCCAAGCUACAGUCGGUAGCAUCGCGUCAUUCCUUGUUGAAACGGCUGGUGCGGGGCCUGGUAACCUGGAAGUAAUAGUUAACCGAGGACGCGUUGCAACAAACCCUCAAGCCCAAAGCGCCUCGCUCUACUCUAUUCAUUUCACCCCACAGGAAGCAGGACCACAUGAAAUCGACGUGAACUUCAACGGAGAAAACGUUCCAGGUUCACCCUUUACGUGCCAAGUUGUGGAUCUUUCGUGUGUUUCUGCUUAUGGAGAUGGUGUGGACAGAUGUCCCGUCAAUUCUCUUACCACAUUCAAGAUCACCACUGCUGGACAGGACAUUGGUCAGAUGGCCGUGGGUGUUAGUGGCCCUGGAAACGAUCGAGUUCCCGCCAAAAUGGUUGGAAACCCUCAGAUCGGAUACACGGUCGAGUACACUCCGACGGAAGUUGGCGACUACCUCGUGGAUCUUCGGGUAAAUCAAAUUCCCGUGCCCGGCUCCCCCUUUAUAUGCAAGGUGUACGAUCCUUUGAUGGUUCGUGUUGAGGAUCUGGGAGAAGGGACCGUUGGCAGACCAUUGUACUUUAGCAUCGACGCAUCUGCAGCAGGCGCUGGAAACCUGGAAAUUAUCGUAUCCGUAGGAGGACGAAACGUGCCGAAUUAUGUGCAAAGUGAAGGCAACGCUCGUUUUAGAGUGAAUUUUAAGCCCAGUGAGCCGCUCGUACACAGCAUCUCGGUUAAAUUCAACGGGGCGGCUGUACCUGGUAGUCCAUUUAAUGCUAUCGUUCAUGACUGCCAGCAAAGUCCGGUUAGCGGAUCUGAACUGAGGAUGACCUCUGUGGCUCGCGGAGCCCGGUUUGUUGUCCACUCAAAAGGCAGCGAUCAGUCAGUGCACGUUAAGGCCACAGCUCCAAGUGGUUCGGAUAUUCCGGUGGCCCUUACGAAAAACAACACUGGAGAUUACUCAGCAGAAUUUCACCCGCGUGAAGUCGGUCCGCAGAGGGUGGAGGUCCUUCUUGGGGGCGAACAUGUGGCUGGCUCACCGUUCGUUUGCAAUGUGUACGACGUAAACAAGGUCGUUGUAUCGGGUCUAACACGUGGAAUUGUAGGAAAACCCGUUGUCUUCUUAGUGGAUGCGUCCGCUGCGGGUGAAGGUACCCUCGAACUCGUCGUAUCUACACGUCAGGGUUCAGUCCGUGCAGAAGAAUCGAUUCGUGCGCGUGGUGUUUACAAUAUGACGUUCUUACCGACUCAACCGGUUCCACAUUUCGUCAACAUCACCUUCAACGAUGAAGAUGUGCCAGGAAACCCGUUCAGGCUCGAAGUGGCAGAAAAUCAUCAGCCCCUUGCUGCUAAUGGGCGUCGGGAAAAAACGCCGGUGCUCGAGGUUCGCGGCGAGAAGACGGCCGUUGUGGACGUUCUUAGCACUUUCGACAUUCAGGCUUCGUACAAGAUCGACGCAAGAAUUACCACACCAAGCGAAACGCUACUUGAUACCAGCACAGUCCACAUAAAGGGCAACGCCUGGAGGGUGGACUAUACCCCUAAAGAAAUCGGUGCCCAUACCGUGGAAAUUUUGCAUAAUAACCAGAGGACGAAGAUAUUCCACGUAGCUGUGUUCGACCCUAGCAAGGUUCGAGUGUUUGACUUAGAAGAUGGCAUUGUCAACAAACGACAACAAUUCAGAGUGGACACCACUCGAGCAGGCAAAGGUCAACUUUAUGUCGCCGUUACCGCUCACGGCAAAACGGUCCAGCAUCAAACAGAAGAGCUGGCCGUCGGUGUGCACCGUAUAACCUUCACGCCUGUCAAGGAACAUUCACAUUCUAUUGAGGUCAAAUUUAACGGAAUCAUGGCUCCACAGUUUCCGAAAGUGAUCGGAGUACGUGAUUCUGCUCGCCACAUCAUCGUGCACGGUACCGCACUUAAAUCGGCUCCCGCCUGGCGCCCUAGUAGAAUUUAUAUUGACACUGCCGGACGUUAUAGUGCCGAAUAUUUCGACAUUGUCGUCAGCUCCCCUACAAAUCAGCCUUGUGAAGUGAAAUUGUUCUCUCAAGUGGAUAGCAAUUUAUUAGCUCAAUGGACACCGACGGAAAUAGGGCCUCAUAUAAUUAAAGUAGAGUUCCAAGGGAAAAAUGUUCAUGGUUCGCCGUUUACUGCUGAGGUAUUUGACGCAACUAAGGUUCGCCUUGAACAGGUCAAAUCGCGGACCUUCAACGUCAAUGAGAAAAUCUCCAUUGCCCUAAAUAGACGUGAUGCAGGCUACGCCGAACUGGACGUCACGGUAACCUCGCCGCUUGGGCGAAAUCUGCCGAUUGAAGUAAAGGGUUCCCCAGAUGGGGAGGUCAUUGAAUUCACACCGGCGGUUUCUGGCAAAUACCGCAUCGCAAUCAACUAUGGCGGACAAGCUGUCCCUGGUAGCCCCGUCACGUUUAUUGCAAAUGAUUCACCCAAUGUCCCAAGAGUACCUCAAGUUUCUGGUCCUGGCUUGACUUCUGGACAAGAAGGAACAUUAGCAUCGUUUCGAGUAGAUGGCAGAGGCCUCCGAGGGAUGCCAGAAAUUAGUGUAGAGACCCCCAGCGGAGAUCAAGCGAAACUUAAGAUUGACGAGGUGGAAGAAGGCCUGUAUGCUGUAUCCUAUCUACCUUUGGAAAGUGGAAUUUUCGAUAUCCACAUUCAGUGGAAUGGAUGUAAUGUUCCACACUCACCGUUCCGGGCACAGAUCUUGGCAUCUUCAUUGGCCAGCGCCUCUAACGGGACUUCGGCAAGGCCCACUCUUAUCGGCGGCUGGAAACGCUUCCUCGAUGAGACCACAGGCGCUCUCAAACUUCUCGUUGGAGAGGAAACGAGCCUAACAUUUGAGAUCCCGAGUGUUUUGGGUGAAAUGGUCGCUGAGCUGGAUACUCCGAACGGAAUGAGGAUUCCGGUGAAUGUUGAACGGCUCCCAGCUAAAGACGGAAUUCAUCGACUCAGGGUAUACUUCACACCAAUCGAGAGCGGUGAUUACGUGUUAUUGAUAGUAUACGACGGAAUGCAGGUUCCACCGACUCCCGUACACGGGCAUGCUGUUGACCCCCAUUCGCCAGAAACUGUUCUAGAUCCUGAACAGCUAGCACUAGUUCUGGUCAAGGGUAGCGGAUUGGCCCAAGCCCGUGUUGGAGAAAGGGCCGAGUUCGUUAUCGAUGGGUCAGCUCUACAGUCACCGAGUCGAGUGCCGCCGCGAGCUGAACUUCGUGGCCAGCAGGGCCAGCUUAGUGUUCAUGUGACGCCUAUGGCCAGCAAUAACACAUUCCGGGCACAUUAUACCCCAACACAUGUAGGUGCGCAUCAGCUCAGUGUUUGGUGGGACGGUGUGGCAUUACCAGAGAGUCCUUUCCGUGUUCAGGUUGAAACCCAGACAACUGUGCACAGCGAUGCUUCGAAGGUUACAUGCUCAGGAGAAGGCUUGGCGGGAGGAGUUGUCGGUACCGAAAUUCGAGCAUUCAUCGACACUCGGAGAGGUGGUCCGGGCGAGCUGACAACUCAUUGCACGGGUCCCACUAAGAUGGCGCAUUGUGAGCUAUACGACCACAGAGACGGAACGUUCACUCUAUUCGUUAAGCCACAGGAGGGCGGCAAACAUCUUCUCAAUGUCAAAUACGGAGGAGACCAUGUACCAGGCUCACCAUACACGAUGAAAAUUUGUGGGGCUCCCGAUGCAUCACGGGUUCGUGUCUAUGGCCCCGGUAUCGAAGCAGGGGUGCUCGCAAGAUAUCAAAGUCGCUUUGUUUGCGAUACCCGAGGAGCUGGCGCUGGACAGCUUACAGUUCGAAUCAGAGGACCUAAAGGCGCGUUCCGUGUCGAAAUGGCCCGUGAGAGUCACCGAGAUCGUACCAUCCUGUGUAAGUACGAUCCGACCGAGCCUGGUGAUUAUCGAAUCGAGGUUCGCUGGUCUGGCGAACAUGUGCCUGGGAGUCCGUUUGUUGUUCUCAUUUUUGACACUGCUGAAGAGCUCAUCCGACACUUGCAAAGUCAACAGGCUCACCAGCCGCAGCCUCCGGAAGGCCUUCCACCGCCGGCACCGAUGAUGCCAAUGCUUGGACACUGAGGCCUUCUUGCAUUUACUUCAAGGAACGCCAAUGCGUGAAAUUGGUGCCAAGUGGCCCAUCAUAACAAGCCGCUCUAGCCGAUGUUCGUUUAAUGUUGACGAAGUUACUGUUUAAUGAAUUUACUAGCAUUCUUCGAAACGUGUGAAAACAGCUGUCUAUCACCUGUUCAAUGUGGUACUGUUGAGUUCCCUGCCCGAGGUGGCGACCGAAUGUGUCACCCACGUAUUAUCACUAACAUUUCUACGAAGAUCGCGCAAGAAUGACUAUGCCAAUUUUUACCACUAAUAGCACAUAUUAUAGUAUAUUUAUGUAGAAUCUGUGUCCGUCCUGCUGACAAUGAGCGUUACAUAUCAUCUAUAGCUAUCCGUAUAGAUAUUAUUGCAACACUAAGUCAAGUUAAUAAGGAGCAAUGAACAACGUUUUUCUUCGGUCAUAUAUACGUAAAUAAUUAUCUUCAUUGUUAAUUGAUUAUCAUAAUCAUUACUGUAUGUUUAGAUCCAUAUCGCGGUGGAUUAGUUUGCAAUGCAAAAGCUGAAGGGCUAUACGAAGCGUAUUUCAACAUGACAUAUAACAUAGGCCGAAGUACAAUCUAUUCCUGUAUAGAUAAGUAACGUUCGUCCAACAACCUAAUUCACAGUUAGGCCCACUAAACAAAUUGGGCUUUUAAUUAAAAAAAAAAAUUGGAAAAAGUCAUGUCCGAGGGUCGAAAGCAUUAAUAAACAUUAAUGAACAUUUUUA